AUGGCACCCGAGACCAAUGCUUCAAUGCAGCAACCCCGAGACUUCCCGCCCGUCCGGGCCUGCAUUUUCGACAUGGACGGCCUCCUGAUCGACUCCGAAGACGCCUACACCGUGGUCACCAACACGAUCCUGCGGGAGAACGGCCGGCCCGACCUGCCCUGGAAGAUCAAAGCACAACUCCAGGGUCGACCCUCUCACUCGGCGGGCAAGAUCUUCCACGAGUGGGCGCAGCUGCCCAUCUCGCGCGAGCAGUUUCUGACCCGGCAGGCCGAGUUACAGGCCGACGCCUUUUUGAACUGCAAACCCCUGCCGGGCGUAGAGAAGCUGCUGCGGAAGCUGCAACGGGCGCAUGCAAAGAGUAGCCACGGGGCGUCCGUCUCCCCGGACCCGGCAAACAAGAAGAGGGUCCACCUCGCGCUGGCAACGAGCUCACACGCCAAAAACUUUGAGAUCAAAACCAAGAACAUGAAAGACCUGUUUAGCGUCUUCCCUCAGAGACAUGUCAUCCUGGGUGACGAUCCGCGGAUACCCAAGGGGAGAGGGAAGCCGUUGCCAGAUAUCUACCUGUUGGCCUUGCAGACGAUCAACGACACCCUGAUGGUGGAGGGCGAGGGUGAAAGACCGAUCACGCCGGACGAGUGUCUUGUGUUUGAAGACAGCGUGCCUGGAGUCGAGGCGGGCAGAAGGGCAGGCAUGCGGGUAGUGUGGGUGCCACAUCCGGGGUUGCUCGACGUGUACACCGGGCGAGAAGAGGAGGUUCUGGCGGGGCAGACUGGCGAGCAUAAAGAGGACGACCUAGAUCACACCGAGGGUGUCCCUCUCGCGGGCAGUCCCGGCUACCCAGGGGAGCUCAUGGACGGAUGGGCAGAGCUGCUGGCCUCAUUGGAGGAGUUUGAUUUCGCGAAAUACGGGAUUGAAGUUGGCGAUGAGAGAGACGCCUCGGCAAACAACCGGCCCACUGUCGACGGUAUGACAGACAAAGAGUUGGAGGAGAUGACAGCGCUGGCGGACGGUAAACGCCACGCCCCGGAGGAACCAUCGCCUCCACAGGUCCCCAGGACAAGCUUAUGA